CCUCCCCCGACACGUCCUCUCCCACCCUUCGGCACUCUGCCACACCCCACACAUCCUGUAAGACAGGUCGAAGGGUUUGCGUCUUCCGCUUCCGCCUUCGUGGACGGGGAUUCCACCAAAGGCUGCCGGAGGCAGUGUUCGAGGGUGUGGGUCCCAUUCUACAGCCUUUCCUCCUCUCAGACACACCCACGUCCUCCGGAUUGAGUGACCUAUUUACUCGCCUUCCUGCGAAAGCUUUGAGCAGUCGGAACCUUUGUGUGCCCGGAACUAAGGUGCCGAACUGCGCUGGCAUCCGGAAGGCUUCAUAAUUAGAGGAAUCCCAGUUCUUUUCUGGCGGUCGAUCGCUGGAGUUCCGGUGAGAGGAUCAUCGACGGAGUUCUACAGCUUCAGUUCCUGCUAUGCACCGACCGAAUUUUCGACCCCCAACUCCUCCGUACCCCGGCCCGGGGGUAGGAGGCUGGGGUGGUGGAAGCAGCUUCCGGGGUGCCCUGGGCGGGGGGCCGCGGCCGCCCUCCCCGCGGGACGGGUACGGGAGUCCGCACCAAACUCCGCCGUGCGGGCCCCGCGCUAGGCCGUACGGGAGCAGCCACUCUCCGCGGCAUGGCGGCAGCUUCUCGGGGACCCGCUUCGGGUCUCCGUCCCCGGGCGGCUACCCAGGCUCCUACUCCAGGUCCCCCGCGGGGUCCCAGCAUCAGUUCGGCUACUCCCCAGGGCAGCAGCAGACCUACCCCCAGGGUUCUCCAAGGACAUCUACACCAUUUGGAUCAGGGCGUGGUAGAGAAAAAAGAAUGUCUAAUGAGUUGGAAAGUUAUUUUAAGCCUUCAAUGCUUGAAGACCCUUGGGCUGGCCUAGAACCAGUGUCUGUAGUGGAUAUAAGCCAACAGUACAGCAAUACGCAAACAUUCACAGGCAAAAAAGGAAGAUACUUUUCUUAACUUUUCUGAAAUUCAACUGGAAGCUUCAUGUGUCAGGAGCAUCUUGGACAGAACUUUACACAACUUGUGUAAAUGAGUUGAACCCAAAGAUGCCUGUGCUACGUGGUGGUGGCAUACACCUUCAAUGCCAGCACUGGGAGGCAGGCAGGCGGAUCUGAGUGUGAGGCCAGCCUGGUCUACAGAGUGUGUUUCAGGACAGCCAGGGCUACACAGAGAGACCCUGUCUCAAAAAAAGAAAGAAGAUGCCUGUGAUCAAGGGAUCACAACAAUUUAAUCUUUCUCCCAUUUUACAAAAGAAACCAAUGGUAAGAUUUGUUUUCCAAAAUGGGCUCAACAGUAUUUCAAGUCCCACACACUCUUGCAGAAUUCUGCCACUUCCCUCAAGAGGAUGUGUCGUUUUGAACUUUAUCAGACAUUCCUUACUGUCCUGAUUAAAGGAGUAUGAUGAAGUUUAUUUUUAUUAUGAGUGAAACAUUUCAUCCAGACUGUUACACUUGCAUAUGGAAAUGUUCAGAAUCCAGAUGUUUUGACCAGUAAAGGAGAUGGCAGUGUUUGUUUAAAAUGGCUGUCUUUUUUUUUUUUGUCCCCUGUUUUAAAAACUAGUCUUUGGGUGAAUCACAUGAAAGGAAAACUAAGAGUAUGGAUAUAAAAAGGAAAAGCUACCAAUUUAGGCAAUAAGCAAAUGGUAAGGCUAUUUGCCUCAUCUAAGAAUAUCCAAAUCUAAUAUUAAACUACGGUUGAUUUUGGGUGAAUCAGGUUCUCUAUUUCCACCAUGCUGAACAAUGAUGAGUUUGAAGAUGCACCUCAAAUUUUCAAAAUUUGUGUGAUUUCAAGGACGGAGAAGUUAGCAGUCCAUGUGUUCUUCUCACAUACUGACAUUACAUUUCACAUUAAAGGAACGCGACUUAAUUCAGACAAAUGUAAGUCUGCAGUCCCGGGACUCAUGAUGCUGAGGGAGGAGACUUACAGGUUUAAGGCAGCUUGGGCUAUAAGCAAGACCUCCUAUUCUUGCUCUCCAACCCCCAUCCCCUCCACCCCCAGGUAUUUUACAGGUUAUGGUUUAUAUUUUCUAGAAUUUCUUUCACUUUUGAAACCUUUCAGGAAUUUUUGCCAUUGUGUUAGAUAAUCUGUAAAUUUUCAGUAAUUGUUUUUCAGGCCUCCUUAGUCUCCAGCCAUGACUUAAACCAGAAGUGUUUUCAAUUUUACCAUGAAGUUCCUGGUAUCUUUUUCUUCUUUAUCCAAUAUUUACUACCUAACCCAAGAUUUGUCAUUUUCUAACCCAUAGUGAAAACAUUGCCAGUUAACUUAUGUAAAUGGAUCUCAGUUCCCAGUGUUAUAAAAUACUAUUUUACUUUGAGAAAAUAUCCUAUACAAUUAGUAGAACCUGCACAUUAAAAUAGGAGUAGCUGAGCAUGGUGGCACACGCCUUUAGUGGGAUCUCUGUGGAUUUCUGUGAGUUAGAGGCCAGCCUGGUCUACAUAGCAAGUUCCAGUUCCAGGCCAGCCAAGGCUGCAUAGUAAGACCCUGUUUCAAAAUAAAAUAAAAAGAAAGAAAAUGAAAAAUCUAGGAAAUAAGACCAAUUGUUUCCAAAAUAUAGUCUAGAACUUCGUGUAUUUAACCAUAAAAUCAGACGUCUUUAUUCUGUU